AGAGAGAGAGAGACAGACAGACAGACAGAUAGAUUCUUUAGAUAGAUAGACAUUCUACCACACAGGAAGACACAGACAGAGAGAAAGAGAGACAGAAAGAGAGAGUGUGUGUCCCAGCACUGCAACUUCACACUCCAAACACAUACACACACACACACACACACACACACACACACACACACAGAGAGAGAGAGAGAGAGAGAGAGAGAGAUUAGCAUUAGCAUUAGCUCGGUGGUGCUGGGAGGAGAACACACACACACACACACACACUCUCUCUCUCACACACACACACACUCGGAGCCAUGAUUAAACUGUUCUCUUUAAAGCAGCAGAAGAAGGAUGAGGAGUCCGCGGGGGGAAACAGAACCGGGGCCGGGGGAAAGAAAGCCAGCGCGGCCCAGCUGCGGAUACAGAAAGACAUCAACGAGCUGAAUCUCCCGAAGACGUGUGAGAUUGUUUUUCCAGAUCAGGAUGAUCUACUGAACUUUAAACUCAUCAUUUCACCAGACGAGGGGUUCUACAAAGGAGGAAAGUUUGUUUUUAGCUUUAAAGUAGGACAGGGUUACCCUCACGACCCUCCUAAAGUAAAGUGUGAAACGAUGGUGUAUCACCCCAACAUCGACCUGGAGGGCAACGUGUGUUUAAACAUACUGAGAGAAGACUGGAAGCCUGUGCUGACGAUUAACUCCAUCAUAUACGGACUACAGUAUCUGUUCUUAGAGCCGAACCCUGAGGAUCCUCUGAACAAGGAGGCGGCGGAGGUGCUGCAGUCGAACCGGCGGCUUUUCGAGCAGAACGUCCAGCGCUCGCUACGCGGAGGCUACGUCGGAGCUACCUACUUCGAGCGGUGUCUCAAAUAAUAGCAGUGACGACGCUCAUCGUUUACACACGCUGAGACACUGACUGACACUCUGACCGCUGGGGGGGGCGGGGUGACCUGGGGA